AUGAAGAUGGAUGAAGUCAUGAAAAUAGCUGUUUCUUCGGCGACGGCAGUAUCUAACAACAUUAGGUGUUCACCAGAAGAGUCGAUGUUUACGUCAAUAACUUUUAGCUGUAAAGUCCCAGAAGUAAGAAAUUGUAUGGGUACUAUACAAAGUGUAAGUACUUUUUUCGGUUAUCCAAAAAGGCAAAGUAUUUUGCAAUUAUCAAUAGUAGAAAUAUUUCCACAGACUAAUCGUUUUAAACUAAAAAAAUUAUGUGCAACUCGAUGGGUCGAUCGCCAUGAUGCAGUUAUAUUAUUUGAAGAACUUCAACCAGCCAUUUUACAUGCACUAGAUAAAAUAACACUUUGGCCAGAUUCUGACACUUCUGCAAGUCAUCUACUUACUGCGAUAAGACAGUUAAAAUUUCAAACAGCUUUAGCUAUUUUAGUGAAAUUACUUUCCAUAAGUUUUCCUCUCAGCCGAUAUCUUCAAACAGUAAAUCUUGAUCCAAAAACUGCACUAGAAGCUGCAUCUAAUGUUCAAAAUACUAUUCAGGAAAUUAGAGAAAAUUGUGAUGUAGAGUUUCAACAAUUAUUGUUAUCUGUGAUAACAUUGUGUGAAAAAUUUGAUAUUACUAUUAAAGGUAAAUUCAAACAAUUAGUAGAAACAUAUCAAGAUAUAGUUAAUGAAUGUACCGAUUCAAAUCUAAAUGAUAAUUUAUUAAACGGAGAAUUAGAUUUGUGGUACACUAAAUAUUCAACUUUAACAUCUGCUGAACUCAAGAACAAAAAUGCUAUUGAAGUAUACUUCCAAACCUGUCCAGAUGUUUAUCCAAUAAUAUCUAAGCUUCUUCAAAUAUUUAUUACACUUCCAGUAUCUACUGCCACAGGAGAACGAUCGUUUUCAACACUCCGUCGUUUGAAAACUUAUUUGAGAAAUUCUUCUGGACAAAUACGUUUAAAUGGUUUAGCCUUACUUAAUAUUCAUCGUGAUAUUAACGUGGAUAUUAAUGAUGUUUUAGAUGAACUUGCUAAAAAAUCGAAACGAAAAUUGAAUAUAAAUUUAUAG